GCCAGGAUGAAGGCCAUGGCGUCCUCCCUAGCGACCGAGUCGCCGAAUGCAGGCGGGGUGUUUGGCGGAGACAAGAGACCGUAUCUUCCACCGGAGCGUUGCGAGAGGCAUAGAGAAGUACAGAGCUAUUGUGAACCUGCGGAAAGGCCCAAAGUCUCCCGAGACCGUGAAGAAACUUUGCGGGGACGCCAAGAGGAACACAAAGGCAGUCCUUACAACGAGAAUUUUCAAGAAUAAGAACUUUACUCUUUCUGACAAGCUAAUUGCGGAUGGCAACAAGAUGGGAUCUAAAGAAACAGUCAAGGAGCUAAUCAUCAAACAUGGCGGCACGCCCGUCCCCUUCAUGUACGACACCGUUCUGCUCUGCACCAAAGAAGAGUACGUCAGAAACGCUGCCAAGGUCAGAGACGCAAAGGCAAACAAGAUUCCGGUACUGUUUGAAGAGUUCAUAUAUGACUCCAUCAGGGCCAAGAAAAUGAUGGACAUAGAAGGCUACAGAUUCGCCUGAUGAACGUUGCAACGUGCAAAUAAGACAUGGCUAAAUAUUGAAGCUCUGUGGAACGUUAAUGGGCCAUCUAUACAGGACUAUCGUAACAAAUCCUGUACAGCAGACAUUAAAAACAAGCAUGACGAGACCAGUUUAUUAUUCGUUUUGACAUUGGACUUGUAUUUGUGGUUGCUCUUCUUUUGGUGAGUUGGAAUAACACAUACAUGCAGGUUUUCAUGGCGUCAUACAAUGUCUUGUGAUAUUAUUCACAUAUUCACAUAUAUGUCGUAAUACACAAAGUUUGCACUGAAAAAAAGAAGCUUCAUAUCCAGACACAUUUAUUUAAUUGGCAGGGACCCCGACUCUUUCCGUAGUUCUUUCACGUGCUCGAGGUGUUGCUG